UUAUCAUCUAACUUAAUUCAGUCAAUACUCCUUUCUCACACUGCUCAACUUAAAUAAUUAACAUAAACAGCCGUAACCAUGUCAAAGCCACCAGUCCGUCCACAAACCCUCCAAACCCGCAUCUCCCACCUCCUCUCCCACUGGCCCUCCGACCCCGUCCGUCCAGCUUCAGUCUCAGUCCAAACCUACCUGCAAACCCGCGUCUCACAAGCCUCUACCCAAAAUGCUGCAGCAUCGCAGCAACAACAGCACCUACCCCAGAAUCAACAACCGCAAGAAAUGUCCGAAGCGUCCUUGAAUGCAUUGUCCUCGUUGUUGGAAGAUAGAUAUACAAGACGGUAUCCGUUGUCGCAGAAGCUGCGCAGGCCGGCUAGUAGCCCAGAUCAUUAUGACAAUGUGGUUAGGGAGUUUGAGGAGGCGCCGGAGAGGGAUUGGUUUGGGAGGUUGGGGAAAAGGUUGAAGGGAUUGCUUAGGUUUUCUUAAGCGGUUUAUGGUGUGUUUUGUUCUUACGGGUUAUGGUAUUUAAAAUGUCGUUUAUGAUGUAUAAUACUCUUUACUGGAUGUAUGAAUAGGAAUGAGAAAAGACUGCUCUACUAUGC